AUGACCUCCACCACGAAUUUCGGUGCUCUAACCACCACAUGGGCGCCCCCGAGUAACUGUGCGGUUGCGAAAUGGGUCCAGCAUAACACCCACGCGGCAAUCCUUCACUGGGGUGCGGGCUGUGAAAGUGGAACACUUGGAUAUGCUUCUACAUGCUAUCCAACAGGAUGGUCCGGGUCUGCCAACAACACCGCUCUCUCAUACAAAGGAUUCUCGCCCGGCCUCGAUUGUCCAUCUGGAUGGGGGUCGGUCACCAGCACCAGCGGUGGUCCUCAGAGCCAAGGUUGGAAUCCUUUCAAAGCAUAUAUCACAAAGCUAGCGCAUGAUGAGAUAGCCACCGUGUGUUGUCCGUCCGGCUACGACUUCCGAGAUGUCUGCUACAGCCAAACCGCGAAAGUCACCGAUUCACUCCCUCUUAUCACGACCUCAGGUGGAAAAUGCUCCACGACAACCGUCAGUCCAUUCAACGGCAAGAUCGGCGGCACGGGCGCCUCCGCUGGCGUUGCAGCCUUCCAAGCCUACCCCAUCAUCCUCGUAAACGGCUCUUCCUCAGGCCUAUCAACGGGCGCAAAGAUAGCAAUCGGGGUAUGCGUUCCAGCUGGUGUGCUCAUUAUUGCUGCUAUAUGCUUUAUCUGGUGGCAUCGAAGGCGCAGACGAGCUCAAGCGGCUAGGACUUCUGAACCGCGGUCACCUGCGCCUGCUGAGUAUACAGGGAAGCCGGAGUUGGAUGCGAAUGAAAUUGAGCCUGGGGUGCCGGGGGCGCCGGCUGAAUUACCGACGUUGCAGACUGAUGUGCAGAAGGCUGAAUUGCCGGCCUUUAAGAGCCCUGCGACACCUCAGGCUGAGUUACCUGGGGAUUUUGAACAAAUCGAAUACGAAAGAGAGGGGAAGAAAGAGGAUGUAUCAGGCGAUGUGGGAACAAACCCCGUUUCAGAAAACCAGGAUACCCAAGAGACUGAGACGAGGAACACUGGAUGCGAGAAUGAUCAGGGAACCCCCGGUACUGGUCAAAAUCUGCCAACACAUGAGAAAUCGCCAUCAAAAUAA